AGCAGGGGGACGAGGUCGUAUAAAUAGCGAGCGGUUUGGGGUAGUCCGGACAUUGGGUGCCGGCGCUGCUCACGGUCUGCCGAGAUCAUGCAGUCGCUGUUUGGUGAAAAUAAAAGGGAGACUCCAGAGGCAAUCAAAGCAGAAAUUAAAGGUGAAAUACCAAAAUGGCUGCAAGGUGUUCUCAUUCGAAAUGGACCUGGCAUGCAUAAAAUUGGAGACACCGUUUACAACCAUUGGUUCGAUGGGUUAUCCUUGUUACAUAGCUUCACCUUUGAAAAUGGUGAGGUGUUCUACAGAAGCAAGUACCUCCAGAGUGAUACCUACAAGCGUAAUAUAGAAGCCAAUAGGAUUGUCGUGUCAGAGUUCGGCACAAUGGCUUAUCCAGACCCAUGCAAGAAUAUUUUUUCCAAACUUUCAGGCGUCUGCACCCUUUCCGUUCCAGCUCUGCCUCGAAACAUCGACGGUUCAUUCCUCUCCACGGAUGCUGCCUGCCCUGCUGAACUCCUCCAGCAUUCCAUGUGUGUUGCUCGAGAUUUCCAGCAUCUGCAAGAAUCUGAUGUUGUGACUCUGGAUCUAUUCUCAGUCGGUUUUCCCUUCCCAUUUUGUGUGAACAGAGUUGACUAUGCAAAUUAUGUCCCACUCAACUUGGCAACAUCUCAUCCGCAUUAUGAUGGAAAUGGAAACUCCUACAACAUUGGCACGUCUAUUGCAGAGAAAGGCAAAACAAAGUACCUGAUUGUGAAAGUACCGACUAUAAAGCCAGAUGACAAGAAUGCAUGCUUUAAAAACUGUGAAAUAUUCUGCUCCAUUCCUUGUCGCUCGCUUCUCAGCCCCAGUUACUACCACAGCUUUGGUAUGACUGAAAACUACAUCAUCUUCUUAGAGCAGCCAUUUAAACUGGAUAUACUCAAAAUGGCUACAGCCUACUUCAAAGGAAUAAACUGGGCCAGCUGCCUGGGUUGGUACCCAAAGGAGAAGACCUAUAUUCAUAUCAUAGACAGAAAAACAAAGAAGGCUCUGCCCAUGAAGUUCUACACUGAUGCAUUGGUGGUCUAUCAUCAUGUCAAUGCCUAUGAAGAGAACAACCACGUGCUUAUUGACAUCAUCGCAUAUGAAGACAACAGUUUGUAUGAAAUGUUCUACUUAGCAAACAUGAAGUUGGAUGAUAAUGAAUUUAAAAACAAAGGCAAAAGCUUCACACUGCCACAGUGUAGAAGAUUUGUAAUUCCCUUGGACAUUGACGAGAACACUGAGAUCGGCACAAACAUUGUCAGACUUCAGGGCACCACGGCACAGGCACUGAAGGAGCAAGAUGGACAUGUGUACUGCACACCUGAAGUUUUAUUUGAAGGUGUAGAGCUUCCGCGAAUAAAUUACGAUUACAAUGGUAAGAAGUACAGGUACAUUUAUGCAUCCAGAGUUCAGUGGAAGCCAAUUCCAACAAAGAUAAUUAAAUGUGACAUUCAGACCAGGGAUUUCCUGGAGUGGGAGGAAGCAGAUUGCUGGCCUGCAGAGCCAGUAUUUGUCCAAGCUCCAGAUGCUAAAGAGGAAGAUGAUGGUGUUCUGUUGUCUUCAAUUGUAUCUACUGAUGCCAAGAAAUCUUCAUUUUUACUUGUGCUUGAUGCAAAAACUUUCAAAGAAGUGGGCCGUGCUUCUGUUAGUGCUGAUCUGCAUCUGGAUCUUCAUGGCAUGUUUAUUCCUGAAAAGGAGCUAAGUACACAAAAUUAAAAAUAUAUUGUUUGUGAAGGAGAACAGCGAAUGCCUGUUCCAUGGAACUCUCGCCGCCUUUUGACUAAAAUAACAUUAGCUAUUGGACAGCAAAAAAAGAGCAGAAAGCUCCCACAUCUUGCUUGGAAUGACUUCCUGUGAAUAACUAGAGAUGAACUUGAGAUUCAGAUCUUUAUGUCAUGAGAAGUGUUUUAGUUAAUUCAUCCUCAAUCAAGUUAUUUUGUGGCAAAAAUACAAUGACAACACUAUUAGCUGGAUAAAAGAUUAAAAAAAAUACAAAAUUCAACACAAAAUAGAUUCACAAUUAAUGAUUGACAGUGAAAUAGUAUAUUUAAAUAGAUCAAUACUUGCUAAGAAAGAUAGCUUAAGAUUACAGAUUAUAAAAUGCCACAUUAUUUUGCAGGUGCAAUUUAUUGCUAGAAAAUAUACAGUAUAGAAAUCUAUUAUAUUUUAUCUAAGACUUUGAUGUGAACUUGUUGGGUUAAACCGUCACUGACAUCGUCAGUUCAUAGCAAGAGAAAAAUAUAAUUGUUUUGAAAUUAUAUUUCUGAAAUACACAAUGUAAAUAUAAUUAAUGUUUUAAAAAUAAUUGGAAUCAUAUUCAAUUCCAAUUAUUGAACAAGCAGAGCUUGUUUAACUGGAAAAUGAAGCUGCAACAAUUUGGAGAUGAUUAUUUAUUAAAGGAAGAAACAAAGUUACAAAAAAUAGCAUCACAGGAUAACAUCCAGAAAUAAAAAUGAUUCUGAAGUCAUGAAAAGUCAUAGCAAACAAAAUAGGUCAAUGGUCUCCUCUACUGCUGCGAUGAGACCAUGCUCAGGUUGGAGGAAAACACCUUAUAUUCUGGCUGGGUAGCCUCCAACCUGUUGGCAUGAACAUCGAUUUCUCAAACUUCCAGUAAUUACCCACCCUGUCCUUCACCAUUCCCCAUUCCUGUUUCCCUCUCUCAUCUUAUCUCCUUAACUGCUCAUUACAUCCCUCUGGUCCUCCUCCCCCUUCCCUUUCUAACAUGAUCUUCUACCCUCUCCUAUCAGAUUCCCUCUUCUCCAGCCCUUCAUCUGUUUCACCAAUCAACUUCCCAGCUCUUUACUUCACCCCUCCCAGUUUCACUUAUCACCCACCACUUCGUACUUCUUCCUUCCCUCCCCACCUUCUUACUCUGACUUCUCAUCUUCUUUUCCAGUCCUGAUGAAGGGUCUCAGCCCAAAACAUUGACUGUACUCUUUUUUCCAUAGAAACUGCCUGGCCUGCUGACUUCCUCCAGCAAUUUGUCUGUGUUGCUUUGGAUUUCCAGCAUGUACAGGUUUCCUCCUGUUGGCAAUGAUUUAUCUCCUUGCAGGUGCUACAUUUUUGUAUAAUUCAAUUGCCAAACUAAUGAUGAGGCUCAUUAUGAGAUUUAUAAUAGAGCUGUUGAAAUUCUUACCGAAGAUUGUAGAGAGCCCCAGCAAGGGUGGCUCCUGAGAAACUUGUUCAAUGUCAUAGCAUUUGCAGAAGCAUAUGUCAAGAGCAGUGUAAUUCCAUUCAGAUACACAGAUAUACAGUGUGCAUUGCUGAAGUUGCAUUUAGAAUAAUAAUGCAAAGAUGGAGAUGUUCUGGUUUGUUGGCCUGUUGUUGACGCAAUGUGUAAAAUAUCUGUGAUACACUAGGUUUUGCAUCAGGACAAUAUAAAGGAAUCUGCUGCUUCAGUCUGCUGGAAAAUUUUGAUGAAUAACAAACACUGGAUAGAAACUUAAAUAAUUGAUUGUGAUGUCUGUUCUGCUGUCUUAGCCUUGUAGCUGUCACCCAGUUCAUUAAACCAGAUUUUAUCAAUGUAACUGACAUUAUAUUGUUUGUUAUAAUUGAACAAAUUUGUCACAUUUAGUUAAAUAAAUUACUAAAUCUAUUGCAGGCAUACAGUAUCCACUUAAUGUAGUCAGAAGACACUUGCCACAGUAAAAUUUUCAAUAAAGAAUGUGUAUAUGAUGUACUUCAGAAUUUAUUAUUAUUUUUCUCUUCUUCUAUUUUAUGUAAUGCAUUGAACUGCUGCUGUUAACAAAUUUCACGACACAUGCCACUGAUUAUAAACCUGAUUCUGAUUUUAUAAAUUUUUAAAUGUCUGCGCAAAUUAACAGUAAAUUAUAUUAUUUAUUUACGUAUCUAAAGUGCAUGCUAUUA